CCUCACCAUGUCUAUCAGCAUAGACGCAUACACCCCCACGGAGGUAAUCAACCUCGUUGCCCGAGCAGGUAUCGUCAAAGGUAAUACCCGCCUCGACAAGGUCUUCCUCAGCUCCGUCUCUGCAGGAUGUCUACUUGCCUUGGCAUGCGGAACCGCCCUGAGCACGAAUACGAGCACCUGGUUCCAGGAGAAUGCACCGGGGUUGAUUCGCACGAUUAGUGCAUUGGUAUUCCCGUAUGGAUUGUGCAUGAUCAUCCUGACAGGGGCGGAUUUGUGCACGGGAUCUUUCAUGUUCACAACGGUCGCAGCCCUACAGCGCCAACUCCCUUGGUGGAAGAUGCUGCUCCACUGGUUCAUCACAUUCUGGGGAAAUCUCUGCGGAUCGCUAUUUGUCGUGGCGAUUAUCUUUGGCUACGGCGAAGUCUUCUCCGCAGACCCCUACAAAAGCGAAAUCAUCUCCUUCGCCACGAAGAAACAAGUAACUCCACACUUUCAACAAAUCUUCCUCCGCGGCAUCGGCUGCAACUGGCUCGUCUGUCUGGCCUGUUUCUUCGGCCUACAGGGCCGUGACCUCGCAUCAAAGAUCAUGGGCAUCUGGUGGCCUAUCUUUGCGUUCGUGUCACUGGGCUUCGAUCACGUCGUGGCGAACAUGACCUUCAUCCCGCUGGCCAUUUGGUUGGAUGCGCCGGACAUCACAGUGGGGUUAUAUGUGUGGAAGGGGAUAAUCCCGACCUUGUUGGGAAAUAUCAUCGGGGGUGGGCUGUUCGUAGGAACGUACUACUGGUAUAUGUAUCUCCUUCAGGGAGAGAGUAUUACUCUGGCUGGGUUGAGGAGGCAAGGUAUGGCCGGUACUUCGGCGACAGGGACGCCUGCGACGGCGGGUGGGAAGGAUGAUGUUGAGGCGAUGGCGGGGGCGGUUUGA